AUGUUUACAAAACACUUCACCCCUCUUGAAUCAGAUCCAGUCAUAUUCUCGGAGUUGCUCCACCGCCUAGGUAUUGAGGAGAAGCUAGAAUUCGUCGAUGUCUACUCCUUCGAGGAUGAGACCCUCCUAUUCCUUCCCCGCCCCAUUCUGGCUCUCAUAGUGAUCUUUCCCGAUAUUGACGGCGCCAAACCUGACAUCGUGGGCUUCGGGGAAACAAGACUCACCAGUGAGGAGCUAAGCAAAGUCGUAUGGGCGAAGCAGACCAUCAAUAAUGCAUGUGGAUUCUACGCCAUCCUGCAUGCAGCCUGCAAUGGUUCUGCCCGAAACUUCAUCAAGAGCGGAUCAGUGUUUGAAUUCAUACUAAAAGCCUCUGGAGAAUCCGACCCGGGACUGGCCCAAAUGAUCGAAACUUCCGAGCAAAUCGAGGCCGAGUAUACCAAGGCGGCCUUGAAAGGGUCCACGACACCCGGUGCUCCCACCGAUGACGUGGAAUGUCACUACGUAUGUUUCACAAAGGCUUCAGAAUCUCGGUUGUGGCUUUUGGACGGCGAUAGAGAUGGCCCGCUGGCUUGCGAUGAAGAUUGUGGAGUGAGCGUGGACGUGCUGGACCACCCGAAUCGAGAGAUUAUUCAACGCUUCCUCAACGAACACGGCAAAGCAACCUCGAACAAUUUGGCCAUGAUGGCAUUAGUACAAGCUUAG